AUGGUUUGGUCUCUAAAGAAAACGUCUGCCUGCUGGCACUUGGCAAUUGGCGGAAAGCAAGGGAACUGUGGCGGCGACGGGGACGGAGUGCGCACGUGUUCUCAAAUCAUCCUUCCUCGCGCGGAGCCUCUCCCCGGGCAGUGUCAGUACGGUGACGAGGAGAGGGUCUGCGGGCAAUCCCUCCUAGGCGACCUGGGGCAGGGCGUCUUCUCCAUUCCAGCAACAGAUAGAGACAUCGGCAUCUACCAGUAUUAUGACAAGAAAUAUCCACCAGAACAUGGUAACUUAGAGGAAAAGCAGAAGUUUGCAGAAUCACGAGAUUAUCCUUGGACGCUCAAAAAUAGACGCCCAGAAAAACUUCGAGACUCACUCAGAGAGUUGGAGGAACUGAUGCAAAACAAUCAAUGUGUGCUGAGCAAAUGGAAGAACAAAUAUGUCUGUCAGCUUCUCUUUGGUUCAGGUGUGCUGGUGUCUCUAAGCCUUUCUGGGCCACAGCUGGAGAAAGUGGUGAUUGACAGAAGCCUGGUGGGGAAGCUCAUCUCAGACACCAUCAGUGAUGCCCUUCUUACAGACGGUUUCAUUCUCUUAUCAUUUUUGGCACAAAGUAAACUAUGUUUUAUUCAGUUUACUAAGAAGAUGGAUUCUCUUGAUGUAAACAAAAGACUGGAAAAACUCUCAGCCUUGGAUUAUAAGAUUUCAUGUUAUGACAUACCUGGCCCAGUAAAUAGGACAACGGAACGUCAUCUGGCUAUCAAUUGCACUCAGGAUAUAGUUAUUUGUUGGUGGCCGCUGGUCAGUGAUGAUGCUUGGCCUUGGGCCCCAAUUUCUUCUGAGAAGGACAGAUCCAAUCUGCUGCUGCUGAGUUGUGCUCAAGGAAAACUAGAGGUUCUGAGUUCUAUUCGUACAGAAUGGGAUCCACUGGAUGUUUGCUUCAGUACCAAACAGCCUUAUCAGGUGUUCACAGUGGAACACUUCAUCAGUGUAGACAAAGAGCCCAUGGCUGACAGUUGCAUCUAUGAAUGUGUUCAGAACAAAAUCCACUGUGUAUCAGUCACCAGAAUACCACUAAGAUCGAAAGCCAUCAGCUGCUGCAGAAAUGUUGCUGAAGACAAACUGAUUCUAGGCUGUGAAGAUUCUUCAGUAGUUCUUUAUGAAGCUCACCGUAGAGUGACUCUCUUCGCCCAAGCUGAACUCUUGCCUUCAUUAAUAAGCUGCCACCCAAGUGAUGCUAUUCUGCUAGUUGGCAGCAACCAGGGGGAACUGCAAAUUUUUGAUAUGGCUUUGUCCCCUAUUAAUAUCCAGCUCUUGGCUGAAAACUGCUUACCCAAAGAGACUCUGCAAUUCAGUAAAUUCUUUGAUGUUUCCAGCAGUCUUGUUCAAAUGCAGUGGAUAACUCCUCCAGUUGUUUCUCAGAAGCCUGCAAGUGAAGAUAUAUAUGAUCGCUUCUUCCUCAGGUUUGACAGAGGCCCUCUAGGUGUGCUUUUGUUUAAACUUGGUAUCUUCACUCAAGGACAGCUGGGCCCAGUAGACAUGAUCUUCCAAUACAUUCACUAUGGUGAGAUCUAUGAGGCAAUAAAUAUCCUGAGCAGCAUGAACUGGGACACUCUGGGCCAGCAGUGCUUUAUCAGCAUGACUGCCAUUGUGAACCAUCUUCUUAGACAGAGACUCACUCCAGAGAGAGAAGCACAGCUUGAGGCAAGCCUUGGAACCUUCUAUGCUCCAUCAAGACCACUCCUGGAUGCAACUAUCUUGGAAUAUAGAGACAAAAUCAGCAAAUACGCAAGGAGAUUCUUCCACCACUUGCUCAGGUACCAGAGAUUUGAAAAGGCAUUUCUCUUAGCUGUUGACAUUGAUGCUCGAGAUCUGUUUAUGGAUAUCCAUUACCUUGCCCUAGAUAAGGGUGAAUUGGCACUAGCUGAAGUGGCAAGGAAAAAAGCGAGUGACAUUGAUGAAGAAUCAAUAACCUCUGGAGUUGGUAAUGCUUCUUUUUAAGGGCUUUUUGUUUUAAUCAAUACUUAUUAUCAUUUCUAUUUGUACCCAUGGUUGGUUAAUUUGAAUUACAUUCCUUGUAAAGAAAGUACCCUAUAAAAAACAUUAUUAAAUUUGAAAGUAGCAUAAUAUUGGUAAAUAAUGUAUAACUAUAUGUGAAAAUUAAUAAUCAGUGAUUGCUAUAGUCACUAUUAGCAAAAAGUAAAAAGAUACUGCUUUUUUGAUAAGUUUUUAGGGAAAAUAGUUUAUCAUCAGUGCUAUUAUUAACCAACAGAGGAACUUAUAUAACCAUUUAUUUGUAUACAGAUGUUAUAUAUUAAAAGAAUUUUCUCCUGUAUAAAAGUAUUUCACAUGUGAUUUCAAGUUUGAUAGCUGGUUUUUUGUUUGUUUAGAAACUGUUUUUAGUUUAGUAUUUAUAAAAAGCAUCAGAGGCCAAGUUUGAGUCUAAAGAUCCAUUUAAACUUUAUAAUAUGGAAAAAUAAAAGAUUUAAAACUACAAUAUAAGCAUUAGUUUCCUUUUCCUUUUUGGUACUGAAGAUUAAAUCAAGGGGCACUCUAGCACUGAAUUACAUCACUAACCCUUUCUGGUUUUUGAGAUGGGGUCUCAUUAAAUUGCCUGGGCUAGCUUGAAUUUCCAGUCCUUCUGCCUCAGCCUCCCAGGUAGCUAGGGUUAUAAGUGUGCACCACCACAGUCCAGCAGGACUUUUUUUUUUCUGAACUCAAUUUAUCUGAUGUCACUAAAUCUGGCAGUAUUGAACAUAACAGUGCCUUUUCUUUCUGGCAUCUCUCACUCCUAGAUUAUAUAGAGGACCUUCAAGAUUGUAAUAUAAU